AUGUCUCGAAAUACUACUACAUCACCCUCGGCGGCUCGACGCAGCCCGGCGCAAUGGACCUCGCAUCUUCGCCAAAUUAGUAGGACGAGCUUCGACAGGGCGCCGUCCGAAUCGCCGCGCUCGCCAGGUUCCGUCUCCAGCGCGUCGACCGUCCGAGAAGCGCAGCCUCCGAAAAGGGUCCUCGAGAGAACCUGCACCGUGACCAUCAAUGAAUCCCUUCUCAAUGACGAGGUCGCGCUGAAUGUCGAUCUUCUGGGCGGUGGCAUCAAAGCUGGCGACCUCAUGUCUAUACUCCCCUUGAGAGCUGACCAAGAUCGGACAUCAAGCAUCAACUACGGAUCCUUGCGGCCGGCGAAUAUCCAGCGUGCCCUCUCAAGUCAAGAAAAUGCCAACAAGCAGGAGGGCGAAACGCCGAGACGCUAUAUCUUCGUGGUCAAGGAUCUUUCGAAAGAGCUCAAGGCCAGGCACCCACACAUUGAAGUCUACCUUGCAAAACAAGUCGGCGAUGCUUUUGGUCUGAGAAAGGGUAGCCAAGUUGUCUUGGCACCUGUGGACGAAGUGGCACAGGCAGUGGAAGCCUCGCACGUAGAGCUCUCGUUCAGAGACAUGUACCUCUCUCGUGCCGAUAUGUGGAGGCUAGCAGCCACCGAGCUCAAGGAUAAGACUGUCUACAAGGGCCAAGCCAUAUACUUUAUGGGAACGAUCAAGGCAACCGUUACCUCUGUAUUCGUGGAUGGCCGCAAAGUCCACUCGGCCUUCUUCUCUCACUAUACUCGUCCCAUCUUCCGGAGCGAAUCCGCGCGCUAUGUUCUCUUUAUUCAAAUGGCGAGCGAAAUGUGGGAUUUCGACCCAGAUGACUCUGGUGAGAUCCUGUUCUACAAGGUUGUCAACGGCUUUCUGCCCGCUCUGUUCAAGAAAUGGGCCAUGCUGCAAGUUAAGCACCUUGUAAGCAUCGUGCUCUUUGCAAGAGUCGAGUACGACGCAGGCCUGACGACCGACCUUGCAAGCUGUGAACUUUUAAAUGACUAUUACACUGGCUAUCAAACAUCAGGUGACAAGCGCCCCUAUAAGGACUUUUACCGCGUCGUGGUGAGUGAAAUGUCCAGCGGCGAGUGGACUACCAUCCUUCACCAGCUGAAACGCGAAUUCAACACGUUUCGCAAGGAUAUCAGCCUGCACCACCAAGAUGUUAUGAGCGCCGCCAUGAACCUUUCCGAAGAUGCAACUGAUAAAGCAAACAUGGCCACGAAAAUCAAAGCCGAAUCGUCCCGCGCCAUGUACGGCAAUUUCCUCGAGGCAAUCAGCUUGGCAUCCUCGCAGUAUGCCCAUGACUAUAUCGACCGAGACUUGCUUCGCACCGGUAUCUCAAUCGUCGUCAUUAGCCCAGGAUCCGGUGUCUUUGAGGUCGAGUACGAGAACCUACGAAGGACAACUGAAGCUCUUGUGGGGAAUGGCAUCGGUAUUGACCUGAUCUGCAUUCCCAAGAUACCCCUUCACUCUGUGCCACUAUUCAGAUACCGCAAUCCUCUGUUUCUUGAAGCCAACCGAAGAUCAAAUCCCCGGUCUGUCCGUAGCCGUGACAGUACUCCAAAGGCCCCAACUCCAGUUGUAGGCAGCUAUAACACACUGUCUGAAUCGUUAUCUCCCACAAAAGCCACUGAUGGGGCCAGUCGACUCGAGCCAAUCAAUAGGCUAUACACUGACGAAUGGGCAUUCGCAUUGCCGCAAUGGCUCCAUGUCUCUUAUUGGACCGGCAAGUCUGAAGAGGCUCUUUCGUACCAUGGAAUUUCCUUAUCUGCAUCUGAGCAAUCGGGCCAAGAAGCUGAAGAUUUCACUGUUCGAUGCAGGCUGUAUGAUUUACAAAUGCGGAGUGUACUUGAAACCAACGAGAUUGAGACUCCACCACUGUUCACGGAUCCCAAGUAUCCCCAAAAGCUGAUCGACGCAGACGCUACCAAGAAACCUCGCGAUAGAUCUACCUACGGCCCUGGCAGGUUGAAGGGUGCUGAUGGACUGUAUGACCCGGUAUAUGGGUUUACCAAGUUCAAUACAGACAAGCUCACGAAGCCAGGGGAGACAUCGAUCUGGAAGCAAUUGCAGGCAUUUGAUGACAAUCGCUCACGGUUACCAAAGUCACGCAUCAUGCUCUCGUCUUCUUCCAGAGUCAGGAGAGAUUUGGAAGAGAACACGAGGAAGCAGCUAAUAGAAGACGCUGCCUUAUUUGGGACUUCGAUCGGCGACAAUGGGAAAAGCGGCCAUUCGUCAACUGCCUUUCCAUCUAGUCUGGCAUCUGCUAACCAAUCUACAAGCACUACGCCGUUCAGUAGUACACCUUCCACAAGGAGAGAUUCGGCGGCUUCGGCCAUUCAGCCUCGACCUAUGUCUGCAAUCAAGAUGCCAAAACUGAUGAGACAAAUCAGCCUGGGUCAAAAGGGCUUCGGUAUUGCCGCUCCCAAAGCAGCUACUGCUGAGAUCAUAGCAGAAAACGUCAAUGCCUUACACGCAGGCCAACAAACACCAGCAGCGUCCAAGAUUUCGCAGCAGACCCCGAAAAAGGCAAGGUUUGAGCCUAGUUCACCACAGAUUAUUGCUAGUGGACGGUCGUUCUCCUCCCUUGACCAGGCAAAGUCGAACCUAUCUGAGCAACUUCAGGAUCUGGUUCAAGCCACGCCGAGCAGACCGAUAUACAUCAAGGCUGCCCCAUCCAAUUCUGAAGAAGAGACUGAGCUCAAGGUCGGAACAAUCCGUGCACAUGCCCCAAGUCUUGCUACACCGAGACCAAAGGCUCUUCAACCACAAGAUCAGGAUCAGAAGUUUUCUAGCAUGCUGCGAGCUGAAGACGCACAGAAGGUGUACAACUCGAAACUUCUGGCGGGAGCAAUCCCCGAACUACCCUCAACUCUGUCCCCUAGCACAGCGAUGGCCCCUUGGUUGGUCGUGUUGAAUCCCUCGAAUCCCAACAUGAAUAAGGUUGACGACGCGGUCCUUUUCAGUAGAUGGCAGCAUGUUUUCCCGCGUCCAUCAGACAUGAAACUGAUGAAGUGGAAAUCAUUGUCAUCACCAGCCGCUGUUCCCUUGACGACUGAGCACUUUCCCACAAAAUUGCAAUUUGAUACAGAGUAUCAGAGGUCACCCUACAAUAUCGCGCAGAACAAUGAUGACGAUAUGGCUGAGGAACCCAAAUCUCGAGAACACUUUUUGAGGGAGCUGAUAAGUGCACGAUUUGCUCACGGAUUCCAGGUUGUUAUUGGCCCCAUGGUAGCAAAAGCUUUCGGUCAAAGACUUAUGAAACUUGUGGACAUAUUUUCACGAGAUCGUGUUGUGGAAGAUGGAACAAGUCUUUUCAUGAGCAUUGGAAACACGAUUCACCAGCUCUCAUGUGUUAAUGGCACUGAGGUUGAAGUGAAUAUCUUCGUGCGCAAGCCUACAGAGUCCUUCUUGCCAGCAGACCAGCCACUCCCGAUCUACAAACCAGCAAUACGCACAACGUUGGAUCCGACGUACGAACAACGUCAAAUCGACAUUGUCACACCCAAGCCUGAGAAGAACUGGAAUUACAUUGACUCGUAUCUAGCGGGUCAUUUUGAGGAGAUGACGGAAAACCUGCGGUUCUGGCGAACGAGGUUCGUCUUGAUUCCCAUGGGUACCCGGGCCUCCAUGUCUGCAUCACACCUUGGACCGGACAAUGAAGAGGAGGUGCGGCUUGAGGGUAUCAAGCGCUUGGCACAAGCCUGGCAACGACAUCGCUACCUGCCUCCCUCGGAGCAUCAAUUUCAGGUGGCGGGGCGCAAGGCCAAGGACCCCAACCCACUUGAUAUUGUAUACAAGACAGAGGAUCCUUCGGUGGUUGUUGCCGCCGAGAUGGAGACCCUCCCUUUUUACGAAGGCCCAGAAUUCUCAUCUCGCAAAGGUUUAAUUUCCGACAAGGAGCGCUUUUCGAAACAGAACUUCAACAUCACAGCAUUGGCCGAAGCAAUGCAACAGCCAGUCGAAAACGGUGGCAUUCGAAUGCAGAAUCGAAGAUGGCAUUUUCGGCUUCAUUACAACUGUUUCAUUGGCUCUGACAUGACAACAUGGCUGCUGGAUAACUUUGAAGAUCUUGAAAACCGAGAGGAAGCAAUUGCUCUUGGAGAGUCAUUAAUGAGCCCCGACGAUGAAAGAUCAACAGGGAAAGAAGCAAAAAGAGAAAGGGGUAGGGGAUUAUUCGUCCAUGUUGAACGACGUCACAGAUUCCGCGACGGGCAGUACUUUUACCAGAUUGCCGGCGAAUUCGCAAAGCCUCAACCGUCCGGUUGGCUUAACAUGAGACGACGAGAUUAUUCGGUUCCCUCAACACCACUUGUCGAGCAAGGUCCAAAAGAGUCGCCCAGAUUAGGUUUCAAGCCGUCGGUGUCCCGACCGAUAUCCCUCAAUGAGGAUGCAUCACCAACUUCUGGCGCCACUACCCCCACGGCAUCCGUGGUUAGUAGCAAAAGACCAAAAGUGAUGCUCAGCAAAUGUAUGAGAUAUGAUGUUGAUCAUCGAAAAAGGUCUUAUCGGCCCGAGCGAAUCAACCUGCACUACGAUCGCCUUCAUAACCCUGAUAACUGCUACCACAUUCGCAUCGACUGGAUGAGUGUCACUGCCAAGCUUAUAGAGGACGCCGUGAAGCAAUGGGCAGCGACUGCAGCAUCUCAUGGCCUUCGCUUGGUCGAGGUUCCGAUCGCCGAGGCAUGUUCCAUUACCGACCAGAGCCCGUUCAGAAGACCUUACCCUGUCAAGCUCUCUUUGCCGCCGCCAAGUCAGAGACCAGUAACCUACUAUGAUCCCAAUUCUUUUCAUGCACAAACACAGCCGGGGAAGCAUUACUACCAGAAAGCUAUCUUGCGCAAAUUCGACUUUGUGCUAGACGUUGAAGCAGCCUCCAAUUUCCCGAGCAAUGUGGACGUCAGUUUCUCCUGGGGAAAGCCUGAUUUCAAAUACACACAGUAUAUUCAUCGUUCUGGAAUGCUCUUGGUUGAGAUCACAGACGAUGGAAACUUCCUCGCGCUGGCCAACAGAUUAUAUAGCAACAGGACGGUAGCUGUGCAAACAAAUGCUCCUCCUCGCACCGAGAUCCCGACAAAUGAUCGUGUCGCGCGCCUCAUAUCGACAGGCUCUUAUACCAGUUAUGGUCUGGCAGAGCCAACACCAAUCUCCAGCCCCUUGUUCAGGCCCGUACUGUUUUCUGCUCAAGCAGCCGCCGCUCGAGAAAAUCCACAUGCAUCGCACAUGUCACCACGGCUGGGUGCGACAAAGCCCGGCCCGACACAAAACCCGGGUCUUGCAACAGGCGAAGCUGAAUCGCUGGUAAAAAGUCUAGAGGAAUUUUGCCUCGACGAAGAAGCUCUGGAGGCAUUUUACAAGGAGACGCUGGAAAGGGGACCCUCAGCGCCGACGCCUUCAGGUAGCGUAUUGGGCGACCAUGAAUCCGUGUCUGAUGCUGGAAUCCCAACCCUCGGGCUGCCUCCAGGAAUCUUGGGCAGUGAUCAUUUAGCUGGCAACAGCUUACGCACCACCAGCGCCCCAACGCUAGCCAGCUCACUCAAGCUCCGAAGGGGCAGUGUACAAGCACAGCAUUUGUGA